AUGCAGCUUCACCUUAGAGUCAUUGAGGCAAGAGACAUGCCAAAGGAAGAUACAUUUGGCAAAUGCGAUCCAUUUGUUCAGAUCAGUGUUGGCUCUCUCCCAGUUAAGAAGACCAAAGUUAUCAAAAACACUUACAACCCUAAAUGGGAAGAAGAAUUCCAUUUUGAUCUUCCAAAUCCAGGUACACCAAUCUUCCUCAAGUUCAUUGACUAUGAUGAAGUUGGUGCCAACGACCCAUUCGGCAGUGUUCAAAUUAAUUCAAACAGCUUAGUCAUCGGCCAAAUUGUUGAAAAUUAG